UGCCACCUGACCUUUAUUUUGAAAAUCCACCAUGCUAUGGCGUUUCCUCCGCACGUCCUAAACAAACCCCACUGAUAUGAACUUGACUUGUAGGAUCAGGAGAAAUACCUUAUAAUGGCUAAUCCAUUGAGAGGAGAGGUGACCAGAUUGUAUAAAAAUCUUCUGUAUCUUGGCCGGGACUAUCCAAAAGGAACUACAUACUUUAGGGAGCGUCUAAAAGCAGCUUUCAUGAAGAACAAAGAUGUCACGGAUCCUGAGAAAAUUAAAAAGCUGAUUGACCGUGGAGAUUUUGUGAUUAAAGAACUUGAGGCCAUGUAUUACCUGAGGAAAUACAGAACAUUGAAGAAACGCUAUUAUGAACCAGAGCACUAAAAUCUGUUGAAACUCUCUGUGCCAAACUAUAAAUGGAUGCGGAAUCAAAAGCAAAUGUCUUUUAUAUAUUUGGAUGCUUGUAUGUUUAUUUUUACUGCUGCUGUAGUAAGAUUUCAGAAGGUUUCCUUAUAUGUGUGUGUAUAUAUAUAUAUAUAUAAGUUGUACAAACAUUUUCAGCUUUAUAAUAUUUCUACGGCGAAGUCUGAGUAGAUAUCUCCACAUCACAGAAAGCAUGAUUUGUUUUUCCAAGCGAUAUUUCUAACUCUCGUGCAAGAUCAAGCUUUCCCGCUGUACCUAAAACCUGUAAGUGCAAAUAAUAGAAAAUGCUCAUAGUUAUAAAAAUAGUAUAAGUGUGUACAUGUAUAUAUGCAUUAAAGUCCGUAUUUACCUUU